CCAUCGUUACUUCGCUUCGCAAGUGCGCCAACAAUGGAGAAGGUGAAAAGUGUGGAACGGGCAGCCAUCAUAAAAAAUCGCCCCAGCAACGAACAGAAAGCUGUCGCCGCCAACGGUAGCCCCGGUUUGAACAGUGACGGCACAACGGCCCUACGCAUGCGACCCUCACAGCUUUACCACCCACACGUUGGCCAGCAAACAUUGCUCGGUCCGACGGGGCCACCGGUAUUGCCGGAUCGCAAGCACCAGCAGGAUCGAGCCGAAAGUGAGAAAGUAAAAACCGGUGCAAGCGAGGAAAGUGAAGAGGAUGAGUCGGAAAAUCAAUAUUUCUAUGAGGAUGAAAUUUUUUGUCUCACACCCAAAAAUGGUCACGUAAAGUUUGGCCUGGUGCUCGACAACUACGACGAAAGUGAGGAAGAAACGGCGGAGGAAGAUGCACCGAAGCGGGGCGAAAUUCGUGCCUGUUGGCAUCCGGAUGGUCGCGAAGAAAUCAUCAAACAGCGCAAGGUAGGACUGGCCGACAGGACACUGAUGCCGGGCGAUGUUGUCCGUCGCAUGGUACCGGGUAGAGACACGCAGCGCGGUUACUGCCAUGAAAUCACCGUUAAAGCAGACCUUCGUAUCAUCGGCACCAAGUACGUCGUCCGGAACGUGUGCUCAGAUCGGCUAAGACCACUGCUAUCCAUGCCAAAGGAUAGUGCAGUUUGUCUGGACUCAUGGGUUGGCAGCACAAAGCAAAUUAUGGAAAAACUAAUUCUCAAAUCGUCCUGUGGUUCGCUGGUGGAAGUUUGUCCUGCCAGUGAGUUGGGCAUGUUUCGCGAUCACAAUAUGCGCUUCCGGCGAGGAUUUUUCGCCGAACCACUGUUCUAUCCUGGCCAGCAGUUGGUGGGGCUGAUGAGCGAGCUGGCAAACGGAAAGUGGCUGGCAACGUCCAACGAGAUGAAACUUUCCCGGAAGAACCAUAUGUUGGAACGCAAAUUUACCGUACAAUCGGUGGAGUUGCAGGGCGUUUCGGUGCACUGGCAGUGUAAGGUAUCGAGCGAAGAUCUGGAACAGAAGCUGUCCGAAGGGGGAAGUUUGCAACAACCGCCUGAGUACAUCGCUGGGGAGGAUUUGAAGCGGAUGAAAAAACUGAAUCUCUUUGAAUCGUGCAUGCUUCAGAUAAAUGAUAAAAACUAUCUGAAAAUAGAAGAAACGGAUGUAAUCUGCACCAAGCAGGCUUGGCGUAAGGACAUGAGCAGCAAGUACCGGGAGCAACUGUUGCAAGAAAGCAAAGCUAAAGUAAAGCCUACUAAAGUCAGUGAAGAGGAAAAAGUCGUUAAAACUAGCAUUAAAUCUACCUGCAAUAAUGGCGAUUCAAAGCUUUCGGUACGUAGCGCUGAGAAAGAGAACGGAAGGCACAAUUCGCCAUCAAAGCUCAGGACUGAAGACAGUGACGAAGGAUGGGAAACGGACGAGGAAGGUGAACAGUCAGACGGUGCGGCAUCGUCCUGUUCUGUUACAUCUAAAGCUAGUCCGCGCAAGUCUCCUUUGCUGACAAAACGUAUCAGUAAGCUGAAACGUCGUCAGCUAGCGGCCGAGUUUAGCGGUGAUCGUUUACCAGUCGCCGGAGAUGAAGUGAUCACAGAAGCGCUGGUCGUGUACAGUAUGGCAACGGUCGUCUGGCAGGAUGGAACCAUAGAAACAAACAUUCCAUCCACUGAACUACGGCCCAUACAUCAUCUAGACGACCAUGAGUUUUUCCCAGGAGAUUUCGUGUUGGCAGGUAAUACAGAUCCAGCAAAAAAUCCUUCCUUCCGAGAUUACGGUGUCAUACAGGAUGUGGACCAUCACGGACGAACGGCACGCGUGAAGUGGUUUAGCACGUAUACGUGCACCUCGGAACCACAACCCACGUUCAACGGUGAGUCGGAGGUUAGCGUGUACGAUCUGAAGGAUCAUCCCGACUUUCAGUAUCGGCCCGGGACAAUCGUAAUACGGGUAGCGAAUUUUACCGGUGAAGAUGGCAUUUCUACCGCCGGCCAGGUGCUGGACAAUUACCCGAACGGGAUGGUGAAGGUGUGGUGGGUGGACGGAUUCGUCAGCAUGUGUUGGCCUCAAGAUAUUUUCGAGGUGGGACAGUACGAUUCGGAGAACAAUUUUUGGGGCAGUGUUGCCGAUUCGGAUGCGGAUUCGUGGGAAACGGAAGCGGAAUCGUGCCACUUUGGUGAUGCUGAUGCAGGAUCCCCAUCGGUAAGGUUGAACCCACAGGUAACGGUAAACUUGGAGCGGGCUCGUGUAGCGAUUGCACAGCUGGAGGAACUGUUUAAUAUCAAUCCACAUCUACAGAAUCAAGAAAUUAUGAAAAAACUCAUGAUGGUUUACAAAAAGUGUCGAUUUCUGGAUCGACUGUUGAAUACGAGCUUCUUCCAUGAGCGACAUUUUAUGGGACUGGUAGAAAGGGUACGGAAAUCAAACAAUCAAACUACGACGGAACGUAUGCAGGAUCAGAAGAAUCGUCUGUUCAAUCAGAGUGCAUCUGGUUCGAAAUCGUCCACUCCAACGGCCGAAACACCGGAAGCGGUAAAAGUUCCUCUACCACAGAGAGCCCUUUUCAGUCCUAGCACACCAAACAGUCCAACGGUUAGCAGUCCCACCGAGAAGCUGGAGGAAAAUGAUAAUGCCUACUACAAUGUCGGUAUCGCCAACAUGGAGCUAGACUACGUGAACAAUUUGUGCAUGAAAAUGACCGAGAAUACGGAUCUAAACAAUACGAGCUCUGUUUUUGAUCUAGCCGAAGGUGGCGGUGAGUCGGAAAAACCCGACCAGGAAGAUAAGGAAACGGGAGAGCAACUGGCCCAGGAGUGUGUUGCGGCUCGGUUGUGUUCGCUGUUGAAGAGUCAGCUCAUCAAAGUGCUGGAAGAGAUUAACGAACGGUUUGGACUGGAAGAUCCAUUCAAAGAGAUUAUUUCCGUAGUCGAACUGAAGACGCCAACGCUUGCCUCUAUGCCACCCUCGUGGACACCGUCACCGGCCGGUACACCGGAAGUUCCCGGCAUUAUUGCCGAACCGAUCGCAACGAGCUCACCAGCUGUGACAGACCUGGUACCAUCAUCGCCAACCACAGGCGGCCUGCCAACAGAAAGCUUCCAAAUAAUCGAAUCGGCCCCAACCGCUCACAAAUACCAUCUGACAAUUUUUCAAACCAGCAACGCACAAAGCUUCUACAAAGCGGUACAGCGAGAACACUGGCUGUUGCGUACCUCUCUUCCACCCGGGGUGUGGGUUAGGACGUUUGAAGAUAGGCUGGAUCUGUUGAGCGUUAUGAUCGAGGGUCCGAAGAACACGCCGUACGAGGAUGGUUUAUUUUUGUUCGAUAUACAGCUAGGGCUGGAUUAUCCGCGGACGCCACCUCUAUGCCAUUACAUAAGCUAUUGCACCGAUCGGUUAAAUCCAAAUCUGUAUGAAGAUGGCAAGGUUUGCGUUUCGCUGCUCGGAACCUGGUCCGGUAAGGGCACGGAGGUUUGGGGACCGUCCAGUACGCUGCUGCAGGUGAUCGUUUCCAUACAGGGAUUAAUUUUGGUUGCCGAACCAUACUUCAAUGAGGCCGGAUAUGAAAAGUUGAGAGGUUCGCAGCAGGGUAAGGAGAAUUCGCGCAUGUACAACGAAAUGGUGCUACUGAAGCUGGUUCAAUCUAUGACCAAGCUGGUGUCCAAUCCACCGGAAGUGUUCCGUGAACAAAUAUUAACCCACUUCCAUGCCUGCGGUCAGCGCAUGUAUCAUCGGCUUAAGACAUGGAUGGAACUGUCAAACGAUUACAACCGUCAGAACAGCGUUACGGAGCCAAAUGGUAAAAGUCCACUAAUCCCCACUUUACUCUUAACUCCCUUCCUGGUGGGAUAUGAAAACAACUCAUUUGUGAGUUGUCGUGAAUUACUGUCAGAAAGCAGCGCAUGCAUGAUUCCUCGUCCAGAAUUCCCACUCAUUCCAGCCAGCCGUGGUUUCUGUCUCACACUAACCGGACUGUUGGAGUCGUUUCAAAAGCAGUUGCAGCAAUUAUCACCCUUAACAUCGGCACCAGCAGCUACGGAUGGCAAAUAACGACCGGAAUCGGUA